AUCGGUUACGCAUUUAUUCAGCGACGAUUCGAACGUACUGGGGAAAACACUCACGCACAAACGCCUUUCACAACUGUGGGGGUUUUCAGCCGACGAGUCGGUUGUUCGGUUUUAUUUUUAUUUUUCUGUGUGAGAUUUAAAUCUCAAGAUGUCUCUGGCAGAUGAGCUUCUGGCCGAUCUGGAAGAGGCCGGUGAUGAGGGUGAGGAUGGAUUGUAUCCGGAAGAAGAUGGAGAGGAGAGCGAUGGCGAGACCUCACAAGGGGGGCUGGAGGACAUCCCAGAGGAGAUGGAGGUGGACUACAGUAAAGCAGAGAGCGUGACCGCCAUCGCCAAACUACGCAACAGCAAACAGUUUUCAGACAUCAUAGAUAAGAUUUCUGACUAUGUUGGGAAACAGCGCAAAAACUCUGAAGUUUCUGGCCCGGUGGAAGCCGACCCAGAGUACCGGCUGAUUGUUGCAGCCAAUAAUCUGACAGUCGAGAUCGACAAUGAACUCAAUAUCAUUCACAAGUUCACACGGGACAAAUAUUCCAAGAGAUUCCCAGAGCUCGAGUCGCUGGUGCCAGAUUCCCUGGAUUAUAUCCGCACGGUCAAGGAAUUGGGCAACAACCUCGAAAAGUGCAAAAACAACGAAACUCUGCAGCAAAUCCUGACAAACGCCACGAUCAUGGUGGUCAGCGUGACGGCGUCGACCACACAGGGGACGAUGCUGAAUGAGGAGGAGCUGAAGCAGCUGGAGGAGGCCUGUGACAUGGCGCUGGAGCUGAACCAGUCCAAACAUCGCAUAUAUGAGUAUGUGGAGUCCCGAAUGUCCUUUAUCGCCCCGAAUCUGUCCAUUAUCGUCGGAGCCUCCACUGCUGCCAAGAUCAUGGGUAUCGCAGGAGGCCUCACUAACCUUUCCAAGAUGCCAGCCUGCAAUCUGAUGCUGCUGGGAGCUCAGAGGAGAACCCUGUCUGGCUUCAGCAGCACCUCACUGCUGCCACACACUGGCUUCAUCUAUCACUGCGACAUAGUUCAGUCGCUUCCACCUGACCUCCGCAGAAAAGCGGCUCGACUGGUUGCUGCCAAGUGCACGCUGGCGGCUCGGGUGGACAGUUUUCACGAGAGUCUCGAUGGAAAGUACGGCUACGACGUCAAAGAGGAAAUCGAAAGAAAGUUUGAUAAAUGGCAGGAGCCUCCGCCAGUCAAGCAGGUCAAACCUCUGCCUGCACCUCUGGAUGGCCAGAGAAAGAAAAGAGGAGGAAGAAGGUAUCGAAAGAUGAAGGAGCGUCUGGGUUUGACAGAGAUCAGGAAACACGCCAACAGGAUGACCUUUGCAGAGAUUGAAGACGACGCCUACCAGGAGGAUCUAGGCUUCAGUCUGGGUCAGCUUGGGAAAAGCGGCAGUGGACGAGUCCGGCAGGCUCAAGUCAACGAGGCCACCAAAGCCAGGAUCUCCAAGUCUCUGCAGAGGACACUGCAGAAGCAGAGCAUGACGUACGGAGGAAAGUCCACCGUCAGGGACCGUUCAUCUGGAACCAGCUCCAGUGUGGCCUUCACACCUCUGCAGGGAUUAGAGAUCGUCAAUCCUCAGGCUGCAGAGAAGAAGGUGGCUGAAGCAAACCAGAAAUAUUUCUCCAACAUGUCCGAGUUCCUUAAAGUCAAGAAGGAGAAGAUGUGAACUCGCUUCAACUGUCAAUUAGGUUCUCUUGAUCUACUUUUGUGUUUUCUCUCUUUAUUUUACAAU